GACUUUCCCUUUUGCCCCUGUUUCCAAAGUCUUUUUCAUAAUAUUGGGCUAAUGUGUUGCUGCUUCUUAGUUGCCACCAACACAGAAAAGAACAACCUUGAGAGGCGCCACUCGGAAGCACGCCUUGCAUCUGGACAAUUGCUUUACCACCUAAAUUGUACUAGAACGAGCCUAGCUGCUCGCCUCGCUGCCAGGCGGGUGUAAGAGGCCCAACGAGGCAGCCGGCAAUAACAGCAUGACUCUUGCGAUAUCCAGAAGUGUGUAGCGUUUAUCGCUCACCUUGAAUUGAAACCAAGAUGGCGGCUUUGGUGGAUGCCGGGGAGCUUCAACCAGCGGAGACGUAUUCUACAAGCACUACCACAUACUCGCGGUAUGACGUGGUACUGGGCCGCGGUGCGUUCAAGACGGUCUUCCGCGCUUUCGAUGAAGAGGAGGCAAUUGAAGUUGCAUGGAACCAGAUUAAAGUAAAUGAUCUAGCAUCCUCGCCGGCCGAGCGGGAGCGACUCUGGGCUGAAAUUCGCGUGCUGAAGCAGCUGAAGCACAAGAACAUUAUGACCUUUUAUGACUCCUGGCUGGACAACAAGAACAACACGGUGAACUUUAUCACGGAGCUGUUUACCUCCGGAACGCUGCGACAGUACCGGAAGAAGCACAAGCACAUCGACGAGCAGGUGCUCAAGCGCUGGGCAUGGCAGAUCUUGCAGGGCCUGGUGUACCUGCACGGACACAACCCCCCUAUUAUCCACCGCGACCUGAAGUGUGAUAACAUCUUCGUAAAUGGAACCUCGGGGGUAAUCAAAAUUGGUGACCUGGGCCUCGUCACCCUUUGCCGCGGCUUCACGGCGCCACAGAGCGUGCUGGGUACGCCCGAGUUCAUGGCGCCGGAGCUGUAUGAGGAGAAGUAUGACGAGAAGGUGGACGUGUACAGCUUCGGGAUGUGCUUGCUGGAGCUAGCCACGAUGGAGUACCCCUACUCGGAGUGCAAAAACGCGGCGCAGAUCUACAAGAAGGUCACGCAGGGCAUCCACCCUGGCGGCCUCACUAAGGUGCAGAACGCGGAGCUCCGUGAGUUCAUCGAGCUGUGCAUUCAGCACGACCCCAACCAGCGACCGGAGGCGCGACAGCUGCUGAAGCACCCGUUCUUCGAGUCCAUCCGGGCUCAGCUGAGCUGCGGUGGCAUUGACCGGGUAGCACCGGACCGGCCCACGGCGGAGGAGCCCACGACCGCAGGACACAACACGCCGGAGGUGUUCUCGGACGAGGAGCCAGCGCCGCCAGCAGCAGCGGCCGCCGCCGCUAACGGACCCGGCAGCAAGCCCACAUACGCAGAUGCAGUAGCCAUGCAACUGCCUGCGGCAGCGGAAAACAUGUCGCCGCCGCAGCAGCAGCAGCCCGGUCCGGUAGACGCCCCCAUGCGCGCGGCGUCUCCCGGGCUCCAGCCGCCGGUGAGGGCUGCCUCGCCAGCGCCAGCCCCGCGGGUAUCGUCGCCGGGGCUGCCACCGGCGGCGCCGGCGCCUCGCGCAUCCUCCCCAGGGCUGCCGCCCGUUGCGCAGGCUCCUCGUGCGGCGUCGCCGGGGCUGCCACCAGCAGAGCUGCAGCCACCCCAGAAUAACCUCGUGGCUGACCUGCAGCUGCAGCAGGGGCUCCAGGGUGUACGGCAUUCUGGGUCGCACCAGGAUCUGCAGUCGCCUGUCCUGCAGGAGCUUUCGAUGAGCGCCUUAAAGCAGCAGUCACAGCAGUCGCAGCAGCAGCAGGGAGGGGAGCCGGGGGCUGCAUUCGGCGGUAGUGCGGGUGGUGUACUGCCCCAGCCGGACGGAGAGGCGGCUGCGGCGCCUGGAGCGGCUGCUGGUGAGGGCGAGGGCGAUAACUGGGCCCGGGAGAUCAACCUGCACUGCAAGCAGGUGGAGGAGUCCAAGCUCAGCUUCCAGCUGCGGUUCUCGGAGCCUGCAGGCCACUGCAAGACGAUUGAGUUCGCCUUUGACAUGGCUGAGGACACGGCGGAGUGCAUUGCCAACGAGAUGAUGGAGGACUUGUCGUUGUCUGCUGGGGAGGCCCAGGAGAUUGCCGCCAAGAUCCGCGAGGAGAUCCAGCGCACUCGUGUGGUGCAGACCGCGACGCAAGCCGUGGAAGCGACUGCAGUGCCGCCUCCGCUGCCGGUUGCGCCCAUGCCCUCCGCUGCGUCUGGCCCCCUGCAGUCGUUGGGGAUCGAGCGUACGCCCAGCCCCCCGCCAAUGCCUCCUGCAGCCGCUCCCUCGCUGGCAACCUCUGGCAUGCCGCAGCCCAGAAUCUCCGAGCCCAAUGCAAGGCCGCCACUGCCCUCCCCUGCCGCGCAGCAGCAGCCUCAGCAGCAGCAGCAACCGGGAUCGCAGCCGACGGACGGCAGACGGGCCUCGGGCAAUGGUCUGGCAAACGGCCGCACCCCGGGCCACCACACGCCCUCUCAGGACGAUGCCACCGGCGGCUCGCUGAGGGGCCUGUCCAUACAUGAACUGAUUGCCGCCAUGAAGGCCGCGCAGGAGGAGGUGGCGCUGGAGGAGCAGCAGCCCCACGCCAUUUCGCGACAGCCGUCCUCCAUACCGCCCGUAGCAGCGCAGCACAACGGCUUGCAUUAGUAUGUCUCCUUGUUACGUGUAGUUACUCGAUAGUUACGCGCGGACACUGGCGCGAUAGCUCGGAUGCAUCAGCAACACACAAGAACGAACUAGGGUGGGCUGUGCGGGGCAUGUGUGCGCGUGUGUGUGUCGGCGGAUGAUGAUGAUGAUGAUGAUGACAGAUUAGAUGCCGUGCAUUGCGUGGGCCGCAGGGAAGCAGCGGGUGUACCGUUAGCAAUGAGUAGGGUCCUCGCUUUAGCGCUUGGCGCGGCUGCCUUGCUGUGGCAGGCCUGGGGCGGGCGGCCGCCGCCACCGUUUGUGCAUACGUCGUUGAGCAGGCCCUGUUGCGUUCUGCGCCCUCUUCUUAACUGAGUUAACGGUAUGUUUCCCAAGUCAAGCUCUGCUGGUAAACAAUGGAAGCUUGGUAUGUGUGUUGAAUUGCGCUGUGCAAUAGCAACGCCAACUGGGUCUUGGAGGUCGGCGUUACGUUACGUUACGUAUGGUGCUUGCCGCUUUUCGUCGUGUACACGCUAUGCUGUGUUGGUUUUUCAGCUUUUACGCUUGGGUGUUGCUUUUCAGUGGCAUUGUAGUAGGCGAAACCGCUUGCUUGUCAUGCAUAUGGCCCAACGGCAAGAGUGAAAGUUAGCCUCAGCGUUCAAUUGGGGCGGCAAGUGCUUCCUAUGGUAGGUGGUGCUGGUGCUUCCUAUGGUGGUUGGGAGUACUUUCUGCAUAUCGGUGUGCAAGCUGCGGCGUAUGCUGGUUACGUACUAGGGACAACGGGGACGCCGGGUCUACGUCAGCGGAAUGCUGGUCCGGUGCUGGCUACUGGAUUGGCCCAAUCGUCUCCCCAGGCUUUCUCGAGAGUGAAGGGGAACUUCACCCUUAUGAUGGCGGGAUCCUACCUUUCCCUGACCUCAAGCCCGCUAUGACUGCCACCGUUUGAAGCGUUUAGGGCUGCCUCUUAUGUACAAUGGUGAGAGGUGGGUGGGGUAAACCACGACACGGUUGCCCUCUGGACGUUUUUUGGAUGCAUCGAGGCACGGAGCCACGUGUAAGUGUGUACAAAG